ACCUCGGCUCUCACCAUGUUCCCCUUCGAUUCGGCUUGUCAGAGUCGCUGGCAUUUCAAGAUGAUGCGAAAAGGAAACAUCCCACAAGCAUCUCAGACACUAUUCAUGAAAAUUUCACAAUGGCAAUGAUGAAAGCCAUCCAUAUCCCAAAAUUCCACGGCGAGGACAUCUCCACUCUCUCCCCAUCCGAAGUCCCCGUACCAAAACCAAAGCCCAAUGAGUUUCUAAUCCGCAUCACGCAUUGCUCGCCUCAACAUGCCGAUAUCCUACACGCCCAAGGCAAGCACCAGAAUAACACCAAGCGAGGAUGGUGUCAUCCGCCUUUUGUAUCAAGUUCCUGAGGACUUUCUACAAAAAGGCCACGGGUUAACAAACGUGCUUGCAGAUCCUUGGCUACGACUUCGCCGGAAUCGUACAAACCCUUCCCUCCUCCUCCUCCUCCUCAAACGGCAGACGAAACCACAACCUCAAAAAAGGUGACCGCGUGUUUGGUGCCAAUAUAGGCGCUUUUGCAGAGUACAUCUGUGUCACUGAAGACUAUAUUCAACCUGUCCCCGAAAAACUUUCGAGUGAGACUGCAGUUGCCAUGUCCGGACAAGCAGUUAGUUAUGCUUCUGUCGUGCACAUUGCGAAGGUGCAAAAGGGGGAAACAGUCCUAGUCAGUGGAGCGAGCGGUGGGUUAGGCAGCGUUUGCUGUAAGGUAGCAAAAGCUGUAGGAGCUCGAGUCAUCGCACUCACAGGCGACCGCGCGAAGGCGGAAUUCAUG